AUGGGAUCCGCACCACCACAACUCACCAAGCGCACCUACAAGCUCAACACUGGUGCUGAGAUUCCAGCAAUCGGUCUUGGAACAUGGCAAUCACCACCAGGCCAAGUCGAGAAGGCUGUUGAGGCCGCACUCAAGCACGGCUACCGACACAUCGACACCGCAGCAGGCUAUGGCAAUGAGGCGGAGGUCGCAACCGGCUGGAAGGCGUCAGGUGUACCACGAGGGCAGUUCUUUUUGACAACAAAGCUCAACAACCCAGACCAAGGCCGUGUCGCCGAGGCUUGCGAUGAGUCGCUCAAGCGACUGGGAACCGACUAUGUUGACCUCUUCCUCAUGCACUGGCCACAACCAGUCGACCCAAGCGAUGCAAGCGGCAAGAAGGCUCUCGAGAACUGGGACUUCAAGAAGACAUGGGCUGAGAUGCAGAAGCUUCCAGCUACUGGCAAGGUCAAGGCGAUCGGUGUUUCCAACUUCUCGAAGCACCAUCUUGAGGAGCUCUUCGCCGAUUCCUCUUUCAAGGUCACUCCAGCAGUGAACCAGGUGGAGGUGCACCCAUGCUACCCAUCGUUCAAGCUCGUCGACUACAACACCUCCAAGGGCAUCCACACUACCGCAUACUCCUGUUUGGGUUCGACCGAUUCGCCAUUGUACAAGAACGACACUCUUGCCAAGAUCGCUGAGAAGAAGGGCAAGACCGUGCAGCAAGUGCUCCUCCAGUGGGGUCUGAGCAGAGGGUACUCCGUCAUUCCAAAGUCGACCAGCCCAAGCCGUAUCGAGGCGAACUUUGCCCUUGAUGGCUGGAGCCUCGAUGAUGACGAGAUCAAGACCAUCAGCUCGAUCAAGGACCGCUUUAAGGUUUGCGAUGGCACCUUCCUGCCUUAUGAUGGCGAGAAGGCCAAGCUCUUCGUCGAUGACGAGUAA